GUUUGAUGGUUGGGAAGUGAUUGUGAAACGCUUCACGGUUACAAACGAUGUUUCAUCGGCGCAAGAAAGACGGGACGUCGCCGCAGACUGCUGCCGUCCUGCCAUGUCUCCCAUCGCCGCAAUGUAUGGUACUUUUAGCGCUUGUCGAGCAUUUGGCAGCACACAAAGCACACAAGUCCAAGUUGUUCCAAUCUGAAGGCAGACCAUCCGAGAGGAAGGUCCUCCUGGAGCAGUUCUACGCUGGAGUCCACACAGCUUCUCUCAAAUCGGUUUCGUCCCGGUCCAUGUCGUUUGUCUUGCGCCACGUGUUGGUGACCCAGUAUGCCCCACUGUUGCCCUAUGUUGCAUACGAUAAACUGGUUGCUGCGAUGCACGCGUCCAACUUGACAGUGUUCACUGCCGCAGUCCAGGUGGAGGUGACAGCCAUGCCAAUUUCACACGCCAAACUUCUCCAUGGGCUGCUUUUCCUUAUGCGCAAGGUAUCCGUGCAACUCACGGUGGCGGAAGACGGGUUGGUCACACAUUUGGGUGUGCACUUGUGUCGACCUUCGGAGCACCCCUUAGCCCUCAAAGGCUCUGUUGGAGUGCGCAGAGAUAUGUGUCGACGAUUGUUGCUAGUACUCACAUCACUCCGCUUUCCUGACGAGCCACCACUCGUUGUGGCCCCUUCCUCCGGUCUUCGCCGACGAAGCAGCUGUCGCUCGUGGACGCUGGCCCUUGUCCAAGACACAGAACGCCUGUUGUCUCACAUCGUAGCCUCUAGUGAUUCCAAACGCGACUUGUUUCUUCGAUUACCCGACGCAGCUACCGUUCAUGCCCUUUUGUCAAACUCGGUUCCCGCGGCCGAGUGUUCCCUUCACGAUGUCGCAGGCGCCGUCAAAACAACUCUAUAUCGAAGAGAUGCGUUGGUGCCUGUGGAGAUCUACGCGUUGUGUGACGACCCGGAUGCACGUGCGUUCAGCCUCGCGUUGUCGUGCGUGCCUCCAUUUCCCCGCCAAAUCCUGGUGCUGCUGUUGCGUUGCAUGCAGCAGGCCAUGCUUGAUGGCGCGUCGGUGGACUUGCUCAGUGCGUCGUUGUCGUGCUAUAUCUUUCACGAGCUCAAAUUUAUCGGUCCCGUGCAAGACGACCAUCGCCACCACGAGCUAGACCGGUUGGCAAUUCAAGUUCUCGGUUGCGUGGAUGGGAUUCUGACGCGACACCGUCAUAACCUUCUGAAACCACUUAAGGCCGCAGUAUGGGUCGUGCGCGUCGGGCUUGGUGUGAACAGACACCGCCAAGUCGUCGGACAAAAAGCAUUGCCAUUCAUGGAUGUUCAAGGGGACAAUUCAGUAGGAACGGCUUCAGGCCACACUGCCGCGAAAAUGGAGAACACCACAAGACCCUGUGACGACGUGACAAUGAAAUUGUUGCUGGAGGUCAAAACAACUAGCACGAAGGAGGCCUUGGAUGAUCACACUGGUCAUGCGCAAAAUGUACUUGUCGAACCUCUAUCAUUGACGACAGCAAUGGACAGUACCGCAGUGGUCGUUGAAUACGACAAUGCGAGGACUGCUCCUGCAGUGAAAGCGGCCUCACUACACGAUCAAACGUGGCAGCUCGCACACGAAGCCGCCGACGAACCAAACUCAAGCGAGGCCGUUCAAAUUGACGAUUCACCACACCAACAAGUCGCCGCAGUAGCUGUGUCCCUGCCAAGUAGCAAGGGCGCCUCGCCAGUCCGAGUUGCGAUUCUAAAAGCCAUCCACAAGGCUACAACUUCCAUAAUAAGCGCAAAUCCAAAUACCGAGGCCAGUCCAAGAGUUCAGGAAGUUCGCGGCACAACCAUGACGUCUCGGUUGCCUACCAAAGUGUCAGUUAGCGACGAUGUACACUCCAAGAACGCAGCUAUUGCAUCCUCCACAACGCUACCUUUGACGAAUGGAUCCGCGCCAGCCAUGACGACGCAAAACGCGCUUUCGAAUGGCGCCGUCACCUCCAGCUCCCCUGUAGUCGCCUUAGACAUAUCAAGUGUAGCUACCAAAACUCCUAUCCAUCAAUCACAACUGACUGAAGAAGUGUCUGCCUCCCACCCACAAGGAGACUCGAAAAUGGUCAGCAAGUCCACGUGCAAAGCUGUGACCCCAGACAUCUCUCCAACGACACUUAUGAUAUCAUGUGACGCCAUGGCUAUGGCGAACAACACUGCCGGGUUCCCAUUGACUCUAUGUUGUGACUCUGAACCCCCUCCCCCCUUGCACCACAGCCCCCACGACGACAUGACGAGGCGACUUCUCCAGCAGCAACCUCGAUCCCUCGCAGAUGAAAUUGCGAUGUGGGAGCACUGGAGCUCCAUCAACGUUUUUGAUUCCACUGGGGGUUCGUGUGUGCCGUGGGAUGUCAUUGCGUCGUUCACAGGGGACCAAAGCUCGGCAGUUUGCCGUUUGGAUGCGUACCAUGAUGUGCCCCUGGUGCAACCGGCGGCCCUGUGGCGGGUCCUGUUUUCAAUAUAUGACACAUACAAAGCGUCCAAGCGCGAGUUGGAGUGGUGUGACGUCCAAAACCUCUGUAAGGACUGCAGUCUGUCCAGUCAACACGUUCAUGUUUGGGAUUUGUUUGCCCGUCUGCGGGCGCCUUCGAACAUGGGCUUGGGAUUUCACGAGUUCUACGUAUUGCUUGCGCAUUUGGAGCCACUUGACGCGCCUUCAGCAUCCACGACCCCUCUGCAUGACAUCCUCCUAUACUAUCUCUUGCCUGGCGCGCGACGAAAUGGUGCCGAGGCUGCGAUUGAGCGCGUAGCCGCGACGACCCGACCCCGUUGGUGGUCCCACGCAUUCAAGCGACUCCUGUAUCCCAGCAUGGCAAGUAUCAAGCAGGUUUUUCAGAGAUUCGCCGCUAACCAAGCCAAAUCGACUGUCGACACUGCAGCCAGCCCCAUGUGUUUUGGUUUCCCCCAGUUGUCGGCCCUGCUCCACGCGCUUUGUAUCGUUCCGGAGCUUGCCACCGAAGCUCAUGUCCGCGCACAAUUCAAUCUAUUGCUUGACAACCAGGACGAGUCCCCAGAGGUGUCGUUCUCGAUGGGGCUUGCGUGGGUGCUGGAACUCGGCAUGGAGCUACUAAGUCACCCAGUCCUCAAGCCCAUCUAUCCGUCCGACGCCGACAAGUUGCUCGUGAUGGUGGACGUUUGGGGGCUUGGCGACGUAACAUUCGUCUCAAAUGCGACUUGAAUAUAUAUAUAUAUAUAUACAGCCAUAGUGCU